AGUCCCCGCUCCAGCUGCCCCGACCGCCAUCGCCAUCACUCGCUCGGCCGGAAAAUGAGCUUUUUCUCCCCAAAACAGCGGCUGUCCUGCUAGUGGGGAGGGUCUGCCAUGGACAGCGGGCACAUGGGCAGAUACCGGCUGAGCGCCGCCGCCAGCCCUCCACGCUGGGAGGUCGGCAUCUACGCGGCGGGAGCGCUGGCGCUGCUGGGCAUCGCAGCUGUCAACCUGUGGAAGCUGUGGCGUUCCGGCAGCUACCCUGCGCCUUCUCCAUUCCCCAACUAUGACUACCGCUACCUGGAGCAGAAGUACGGGACGGCGUAUUCAGACAUCAAGCACAAGCAUGGGGCAGCGGUGGGCUCGAAGCCAUUGCCCAGCCGCAAAGCCAGCCUGCGAGGCGCUGACACCUGCGAGAGCAUCAAUGAGCUGGGCAGCCUGGAGCUGAUGAGCAGGGACCUGGGGCUGGCCUCCUACGGCCCCCUGAAGAAAUCCGUCUCUGCUGACUCGCUCAACUCUGUCUCAUCCAUCGGGAACAACUUCGGGCAGGAUUUCACUGUGGGGCAGGUGGAAGUGUCCAUGGAAUACGAUGGGAAGGCGGCCGCCCUGCACGUCACCCUGCUGCAGGGCAAGGACCUGCUGGAGAAGGAGGACGCCCGCUUCGAGUCUUGCUUCAUGCGCAUCAGCCUGCUGCCGGCCGAGCAGAUCGUUGGCAUCUCCCGGAUCCAACGCAGUGCCUACGCCGUGGCCUUCGAUGAGCGCUUCUCCAUCCCGCUGGAUCCCGCGGCGCUGGAGGAGGACAGCCUGCGCUUCUCUGUCUUUGGUAUUGAUGAGGACGAGAGGAACGUCAGCACCGGCGUGGCGGAGCUCAAGCUCUCUGACCUGGACCUGACUGUGCGUCCCUUCAACGCUUGGCUCUACCUGCAGGACAUGAACAAGACAAUCGACACGGUGGGGGAGAUCCUGCUCUCCCUCAGCUACCUGCCCACGGCCGAGCGGCUGACGGUGGUGGUGGUCAAAGCCAAAAACCUCGUCUGGAGCAAUGGGAAGGGGACUGCAGAUCCCUUUGUCAAAGUCUACCUGCUGCAGGAUGGGAGGAAGAUCAGCAAGAAGAAGACAGCGGUGAAGAGGGACGACACCAACCCUGUAUUCAAUGAGGCCAUGAUCUUCUCAGUGCCAGCCAUUGUGCUCCAGGACCUGUCCCUGCGGGUGACGGUGGCUGAGAGUGGCGAGGAUGGCCGUGCCGACAACACGGGCCACGUCCUGAUCGGCCCAGCAGCCAGUGGCAUGGGCAUCACCCACUGGAACCAGAUGCUGGCCACGCUGAGGAAGCCUGUGUCCAUGUGGCACCCGCUGCGGAGGAAUUAGGCUGCUGGCGGGAGCACCCUGGGACCCUGUGCCCCAACACCAGCUCUGCCCUGGCCACAGUGGCCGAGUGCCGUGUCUGGAGGUGAAAAGGCAGAGGUGGCCGGAGCAUCCUGCUAGCAAAAUCCUCCCCUGGGAGGAGGAGGAUGGAGAAAAUCCUGUCCGCGCCUCUCCCCAUCCGCAUGCGCUGGGGGCUGCUGAGGGACCCGCCGAGGAUGGACCAAAACCAGCAAAAUCCUCCCCGAACUGCUGUCUGGGUGCCAGCCAAGCUCCUCAGCAUCCUGCAUGCCCUCUGCUGGGCCCCCAAAACCAACGGUGACCCCGGAUGCGGCCUCUGAGGGCUUCUGGGGGGACAUGGGAUUCUUUGGAAAGAUUUUUGGGCAAGCGAGGGGAAAACAGAGAGGGGGGUGAUAAAGUGCUGGCAUGGUGCAGUUUCUCUCAGCAUGUGUGGUCUUUCUGUUGGGUUUCAGAGGGGUUUUGGUGCACUGCACCAGGGCUGAAACCCUUCAAAUUCCAAGGAAAAAGGGAAAAAUAAUAGUAGAAAAAAAAGUUGUUGUUACAUAUCUCUUUUUUUCUUCCAUCAUUUUUUCUAGCAGUGUCAAUUUCUGCUUUCCUACUGGCUGCCAAGGGGUGUCUGUCUCCAAAUCUCAUGGGUUUGAGGUCAGGUCCAGGCUGAAUCAUCCCUUAAGGGCUGAAUGUGGUCACCCCAGCCCCUUUUCCCAGCUGAAUUAACCCUGUGGCUUCCCUCACAGCAGGGCAGUUCUACAGAAAUAGGAAACACCCCCAAAGUUUGUAUUUUUAAGCUUCAUGGGGAGAGACAAAGCCCUUUUAGAUGCCGUCUGCUCGUGGGCUCCCAGCCCAAACGAGGUCUUCUGGGUAAGAUCUGCUGCUCUGGGGAACCAAUUCCCUCUGUUUUCUGGAGGUGGACAGAUGGAGGGAUGCGUGAGGCAGAGGAUGCUCUGGGGCUGCGUCCCUCGGCUUUUCCCAGCCUGCAGGAUGCUGGCAGGAAGCCAACAGGGGAACCUGGGGCUCUUUGGGGGCUGUUUGCCAGAGUGGUGGCACUACGGGGUGAGCUGGGCAGGGAUUUGAUUCCUUGAAUGGUUUGAGCUGGGAAAAAAAGCGUGAGUGAGCCAUUCAGCCUAAUUAAAGAUAACAUCAUGGUGGUACCCUGA